AUGUCGGAGAAGGCGCCCCUCAUCCCGGAGCAGCACCUCUCCCUUGACCGGCCGGCAACGCGGUGCCCAUACGCCAAACGGUGCUCCGCCGGAAGAGCCGCUGUCAAGAUCUUUGUUCUUGCUGCCGCUGCCGGUUUCCUCUACUACAAUUUGCCAGAAGCCCAGAAUGACUUCGACGAGAGCAAGACCCCAGUCUGCAUGACUCCAGCUUGCGUCCAUGCCGCUUCCGAGAUUCUCUACAACCUCUCGCCCGACUACAAGCAGCUCGACCCAUGCGCCGACUUUGAAGAGCUGGUGUGCGGUGGGUGGAGGGACAGGCAUGAUCUUCGUGCGGAUCAAGGCGAUGCUUUCACUGGCACCAUCAUGUCCGAAAACUCGGAGCUCCUGCUUCGUCACAUUGUCGAGGCUCCUUACCCCAAAGACUCCCAGCAUUCAUACUUCUCCCCGCUCCGGCUCGAAGCAACCGAAAAGUCCGCCGACGAACAGAACUUUGAUAAAAUGAAGGCUGCCUACGAUGCGUGCAUCGACGAGGACAAGAUCAAGAGCGUCGGUAUCGAGCCUCUCGCCAAAAUCCUGGACGAGAUCAAAACCGCGUAUCCCAUCGAGGGUGCUGCCUCUGUCGACCCCAGCCCGACGAAAAAUGCCAUCCUUCUUCUCGCUAGAUAUGGUGUCAGCGCGCUCAUCUCAUCUGGUACUGGCGCGGAUGACAGAGACCCGGACACGGUCGUUGUAUCUGUUGCCCCUCCCUGGAGCUUGGGUCUCCCCUCCAAGGAGCGUUACGAAGACGACAAACUUGUUGAGAAAUACCGCGGUGUUGCUGUGGAGGUUCUCAGUAAUAUCUUCCCUGACCAGAAUAAGGAGAAAUUUGCUCAGGUCAUAGACCUCGAGAAGCUUCUGGCGGCUGCCUCUCCCAGCACGGAGGAGCGUGAAGAUGUCACUAAAUACUACAACCCCAUGUUGAUCGAUGAGGCUUCUGCGCUCGCGCCGGAGAUUGAAUUGACGGCACUCAUUCAUGACCUGGCUCCCGAAGGCUUUGUUGUGGAGCGCGUCAUUGUUAUGGCGCCGAAGUAUAUGUCGGAGCUGUCUACAAUCCUCGCUGAAACCGACAGGGAGGUCAUCCAGAACUACUUCAUCUGGAAGGCCAUUCAGUCUUUCUCUUCCUACGUCGAUGCCGACGCCGUCAAGCCCUAUAGGCGCUUUGUUAACGAGCUUGCUGGAAAGGAUCCCGAGUCCGCCCCUGAAAGAUGGCGAACGUGUGUCGGCCAUGUUGACGAGGGCUUGGGCUGGAUUCUCAGCCGUUUCUUUGUUGAGAAGGCUUUCUCAGCCGAGGCUAAGAAGUUUGGCGACACCAUCAUCACCGACAUCAAGACCGAAUUCACCAAAAAGCUCAAAGCCGCCAAAUGGAUGGAUAAAGAGACCACUGCGAAAGCAGUCGACAAGGUCCAUAACAUCAUCCAGAAGAUCGGCUACCCGACCAAGAGCCCCGAUAUUAUGGACCCUCGUAGCCUGAACGACUUCUACAACACAGUCGACAUCAACCCCGAGGCCUUCUUCGAGAACGGUCUCGCCGUACGCAAGUUCGCUGUCGGCUACGAGUGGUCGGCAUUGGGCAAACCCGUCGACCGUGAUCAGUGGGGAAUGACCGUUCCGACUGUCAAUGCCUACUACAACCCCCCUGGCAAUGAAAUUGUCUUCCCGGCCGGCAUCAUGCAAUUCCCAGUCUUCGACGUCGAGGUCCCUGCCUAUAUGUCCUACGGUGCUUUUGGCUCUGUCGCCGGCCACGAGCUUAGCCACGCUUUCGACUCGACUGGUCGUCAUUUCGACCAGAACGGCAACUACACGGACUGGUGGUCCGAUUCCACCGUCAAGGCAUUCGAGGAGAGGGCGGAAUGCUUCGUCGACCAGUACCACAACUUCACUGUCCCAGGACCGGACGACAAGCCGCUCCACGUCAACGGACGCCUCACUCUUGGCGAGAACCUUGCUGACGCCGGCGGUCUCUCAGCGUCCUACCAGGCCUGGAAGCGCCGCGCUCACAAGCACCCUAACAAGGAUCUGCCGGGCCUGGAGCACUUCACACAAGAUCAGCUCUUCUUCGUCACAUACUCCAACUGGUGGUGCGGCAAGUCGCGUAAGGACACGGCCAUCAACCGGAUCUAUACUGAUCCUCAUGCGCCCAAGUGGGCCCGUAUCCUUGGCACAAUGGCGAACAGUCGGGAGUUCAGGGAGAGUUUCCAAUGCAAGGACAAGAAGCCGACUUGCGAGUUGUGGUGA